GAAUAUUGACACUGGUCUUCAUUCUUUAUCAGAGCAUUGUGAGUUUGAGUCGCAGAAAAUAUUCAUCACGAGAAAUCAGUAGGAGAAGUCAUUAGCGAGAAUGAGGCAAUCGAUAUUUGCAUGGAGCCUAUUGGCAUUUUGGAGUUUAUUGUUAAUGGAAGUGGUUAAAAGUGAUGACACCUUUUAUCCCCAGGGGCCACCGUUUGAGGUUUCACGUGUUAAAAGGCAAUAUGGGGGACAACCUGGUGCACCUGGCAGCUAUGGAGGGGGUGGAGGUGGAGGCGGUGGUUCCUUAGGAGGAGGUGGUGGUGGUGGUGGCGGAGGUUAUGGAGUUGGCGGUGGAGGUGGAGGUUCAGCAGGUUUGCCUGGUGGAAACGGUGGUGGCUAUGGAGGAGGGCCUGGUGGAAAUGGUGGUGGCUAUGGAGGAGGGCCUGGUGGAAAUGGUGGAGGCUUUGGAGGAGGACCCGGUGGAGGCUUUGGGGGAGGACCUGGUGGAAAUGGUGGAGGUUUUGGCGGAGGCGUGGGUGGCAAUGGUGGAGGUUUUGGAGGAGGAGCUGGUGGAAAUGGUGGUGGUUUCGGAUCUAGCAAUGGAGGAUUUGGUGGAUCUAGUGGAAGUAGUGGACUAGGAGGAAGACAAGGCGGAAAUGCUGGUGGUUUUGGCACAGGCAGUGGAGGAUAUGGUGUAUCUGGUGGAAAUAGUGGUUAUGGGGGAGGAUAUGGUGGUUCUGGUGGAAAUGGUGGUUAUGGCGGAGGCGGUGGAGGAGGUUUUGGUGCACAGCCCGGACAACCUGGUCAGCCCGGUGGCAGUGGUUCUGGAGGCAGUGGCGGUUAUGGUGCCAGUGGAGGCUAGGUGAAGCAGGUUCUGAACGUUUAAGUAGGCUGAAAAGAGGGUGCGGAUAUUAAUUCGCCCCAUGCCACUAUGGACAUACACGUGAGCCGUUAAAGUAUCUUUAAAUCAUUAUUUGAAGUGUAUUUUAAAAUUUAAGAAAUUAUAUCAUACAAUGUACUGAUAUUUGUUCAUAAUUUGUAUUUCUAUUUAAAAUACUUUAAAUGUUUUAAAACUAAAAAAAUUAAAAUUUUUAAAUAUUUAAAAAAAUUGCGUAGUUGUUGAAAAAACUCUCCAAUUUUA